CCCUUCCAGCACAUCUGGGCAGCUGUGCCCCCCAGCAGCAUCUCGCGUGGUGCUCACCGUUUCGCCCCAGCAGCGCGCUGACAUCAGCGUGGCUUCCUGCCCGCCGGCACUGCCGCGCCGUGCGCUCGGCCCGUACCCCACACAGCCCCACGCUGUGGGGCAGCCAGCCCUGGGCAGCCCCCCCCCGUGCCCCUGGCACGGCGAACCCCCGGCACCCCUCGAAACCCACCCCCCUGGGACAGCCAGCACCAUGGAGUCGGUGGCUCUGUACAGCUUCCAGGCAACGGAAAAGGACGAGCUGCCUUUUCACAAAGGGGACACCCUGAAGAUCCUCAACAUGGAAGAUGACCAGAACUGGUACAAGGCUGAGCUGUAUGGCUGCGAGGGCUUCGUCCCCAAAAACUACAUCAAGGUGAAACCGCACCCGUGGUACGCGGGCAGGAUCUCCCGGCACCUGGCAGAGGAGCAGCUCCUCAGACGCAAGCACCUGGGAGCUUUCCUGAUCCGCGACAGCGAGAGCGCCCCGGGGGAGUUCUCCAUCUCCGUCAACUACGGGCAGCACGUCCAGCACUUCAAGGUACUCAGGGAGAGGAACGGCAAAUAUUUCCUCUGGGAGGAAAAGUUCAACUCCCUCAACGAGCUGGUGGAUUUCUACAGGACAACCACCAUCGCCAAAAAGCAGCAGAUCUUCCUCUGGGAUGAGGACCAGACCCAGGAGGUGAGGAGACCCAAAUUCGUGCAAGCCCAGUUUGACUUCUCGGCCCACGAUGGCUCCCAGCUGCCCUUCCUCCGCGGGGACAUCAUCGAGGUCCUGGACUGCCCCGAUCCCAACUGGUGGCAGGGGAAGAUCUACGGGCGCGUGGGGCUCUUCCCCCGCAAUUACGUCCACCCCAUCCGCAAGUGAAGCUGCCGCCGGCAGCGCGGGCCCUGCUGCCCCCCGCUCACCGGAGCUGCUUUGUGCCUGCACGCGGACUGCACGUCCCUUCGUCCCCACGGACGGUGCCCGUCCCCACGCCGGGGCUGCCGACGCCCACGGUCCCGGUGGGCUAUGCUGGAGGUAAAAGCAGGGUUGGUAGCCAUCCCCAGCCGGGGGCUGCCCGGCUUCGGCACCCCAAAACAUCAGCCACAGCUCUCUCCCUGCUCCCCUGACCCAGGAGAUCUCGGCCACCCCCCAGGCCAGGCAUCGCCUCUCGCUGCGGGCUGGCGGCGGUGCUCCCCGGGGAGGGAGCACAGAGCAUUCAACCAGGGCCAGAAAAAACUUUUCUAGAGCCACAACCCGGCAGGGUGACAGCAACAGAGGGGACAAGCACGUGUACCCCAAACCUUCACUCCUUUCCAGAGCCUGUAAGCAAAGCCCCAGCUCCAAGGAGGGCUGCGGGUGGCCAGGAGGCCACCAGGCUCGGAAACUCCACGGAGGGGAUGCCAGGGCUCAGGGCUCCAGGGAAUGCUUGUCUGGUGGGAUUCAGUCCGAUGGGUGCUAUUCUUAGCUGCAAAUUGUGGCUUUUACUUUUUUUUUUUUUUUUUUUUUAUUUAGAGCUAGUAAAACAUGUUUGGG